AUGAGUGAAACCUUUGACCGCGUCCAAUGCAAGGAUCAGUUCCUCAAAUACUUCCUCUUUUACAUAUCCACGAAUGUAUCUCCUGAUGGAGAGCGCAGAACUGCUUCGGCUUUUUCUGAAGUGUUCGCCUACUUUCGCGAUUUCUCGUCGUGGAGCUCGAAGGCCAAAGACGCAGCUAUGGAUACCGUCGAUAGCUUUGCCGAAUAUUUAAUCGAUAAUUUCUUCAUGCCGCUCCGAGCGUCAUCAGCGAAAACACCCCAACCUACACCUUUAUCGUUAUCUUCCAAUCAACAUGGAGCAACGGGGACUAAAAGUCGCGUGUCUAGAUUACGACAAGAGUCCCUUAAACGCGACCAUCAUCGCUGCGUUGUAUCGCGCAAGUUCGAUCGGGCCGAAGCGAAAAAGCGACUUGAGCAGAACGAGAACAGCAAAGAUGAUGACGGAGAACUCUUGAGGAAUCAAAGGAGUGACCAAUUCGAGUAUCUGGAGGUGGCACAUAUAAUCCCCCAUUCCCUCGCGACAGUUUCGUCUGAAGAUUCAGAACUGAGCGACUCGAAAAAGGCUGCGCUGUACAUUCUGGAUAUGUUCGAUCCCGACAUCGGUCCUCUUAUUGGGGGGCCGGAGAUUGAUAGCCCCUACAAUGCUUUGACGCUAACACUCAAUCACCAUCGGCUCUUUGGAGAAUUUGAGAUAUAUUUUGAGCAGAAAGACCCUAGCCUUGGGCGAACAUAUACCAUCGACUCUACUGAACAGAGGCCUUUUCUGCGCGAUUUCUUGUUCCCGGUAACCCGAGAACUUCAUCUCAGCCCCGAGCUAACAAUUGAUCCGCCCGCUAGUAAGCUCCUCAAGACCCACUGUGCCAUCGCACAUAUUCUGAAACUCAGCGGUGCGGGAGAGUACAUAGAGAGGACUCUUCGGGAGUUGACUGAAGUUUGCGUCAGCGCAGAUGGGUCCACGGAUCUUGGACGCCUCGUAAGAUCACGACUGGGGAACUGGUUAAACGCAUUAACGGUUUUUUAG